AUGAGUUCAAGUCCGGAGCCCAAGGAUUAUGGCGAAGUAGGUUUGAUCAACAUUCGCGAUCCCUUUGACUGUCUUGAUUCCUUCGAAGAUGCCAGCGAAGAUAACACGCAUGCGACUCCCUCAAUGCCACAAAGCUCAUCUACACGCUCUCUGACCGAUCGGCGACUGUCGAAUGGAUCUGUCACCACUCCGCGUGCGGAGCAUUCGCCUGCAUUUCCUCCAUCUCCGGAGGGCAAACCCGAAGACAACGACGAGUCGGUCGCGGUCAGUCCGACACCUACACCCCAUUCAGAGAACGAGGACACGCCUAGAAGGAGCAAAUAUCAAAAAUCACCAUUGCUAACAGCUCAUCGCCUAUCAACAACAUCGCUGGACGACGUUAAUUUGGCGGGCAAUAAAAAUGAGAAUGAACUACAUGAUGUGGGCAGCCCAGUAGCAGAACCAACCAUCGGCUCUCCUGGAGCAGCCUCACUUGAUUCGAAUGCUACGAAGCAGAGCAUGUCCUUCUUACCGUCGGUGCCAUGGUCGAAUACGUCCAAGCCUGCCCCCGCUGCUGCUCCUGCUGCUCCUGUUGCUCCGCCAGCUCCUCCCCCGCUGCCUGCCCGCAAGCUGACAAGCCCCUUCUCGUGGCUUUCCAGGUCAAGCCUCUCCGGAAGUGACUCCAAGUCUUCCCCUACUAACUUGGGUAAUAGUCGCCGGAGUACCGCCGCAUCCGUCUCGACGAUCAACACAGUGGAAGAAGGGGAUAGUAUGAGCAUCGGGUCGAAGAAACCCGCACGAAAUAGUCUCAAGGACCAAUUCAAGCUUCUACGUAUGCGAGAGGAGGGCCCUGAUGCCGAUCAAGCAAGCAUCGCUUCGGGGAAUGCGCCCGUCAGUGCAGGCCUUGUUGGUCCCUCGGAAGAACAAGCACUACCUGCUCCUUCGCCAGUAGUUGCUGGAACUGGAGGGCCCUUUCCACCUGUUAAUCCUAACCUUCCGCCUGGGACAGUAUCCGGAAUCUCUACAUCUGCUACCGACGCGGCCGCACCAGUCGACUGGGAGUUGUGGGAAGGAAUUGUCAAUAACGGCCCGGAAGCAUUGACUGGUGUCAACUCCGAGGCAGUCAAUGCUGCCAUUAAGCGCGGUAUCCCCCAAACAAUCAGAGGUGUAAUCUGGCAAGUGUUAGCCGACAGUCGCAAUUCGGACCUCGAAGAAGUAUACAGGGAACUCGUGGCGCGGGGAACAGAUAAAGAACGUCAUAUGAGUCUCAACGGACAAGGUCCCAACGGCAUCGCAUCUGAAAAAGAAUCGUUGGCAUCUUCGCGCUCCUCCAUUCGUUCUGAUAAUUCAGGAUCCCCACCGCCAUCAAGUCAGACGACAACUUCGCCUCAUGAAAAGGAAGUCGACCCCAUAGCUGCAGAGACAGCUCGAAAGAAGAAGCUUAAAGAAGAUACCGAUGCGAUUCGCAGGUUAGAAAAGACGAUUCGAAGAGACCUGGGCUCUCGAACAAGUUAUUCGAAGUAUUUUGUUUCACAAGGAAGCCAGGAAGCCCUCUUUGGACUAUGCAAAGCUUACGCGUUAUACGACGAGGCCGUAGGCUAUGCUCAAGGUAUCAACUUCAUUGCAAUGCCGUUGUUAUUCAACAUGGACGAAGGAGAGGCCUUUACACUUCUUGUGAAACUUAUGAAUAAGUACGGUCUACGAGAUAUGUUUAUCCAGGAUAUGCCUGGUCUUCAUUUGCAUUUAUUCCAGUUUGAGCGUCUUUUGGAGGACCUUGAGCCUGCGCUUUAUUGUCACCUUCGUCGACGCGGAGUCAGCCCACAACUGUAUGCCACACAGUGGUUCUUGACUCUUUUCGCGUAUCGGUUUCCCUUACAAUUAGUGCUUCGCAUUUACGAUCUCAUCUUUGAAGAAGGAUUGGAGAGCACCAUUCUCCGCUUUGGCGUCGCUAUCAUGCGGCGCAACGUCGAAACUCUUCUUGGCAUGAAAGACAUGUCCAGCCUGUCGCAGUUCCUGAAGGAGAGACUUUUCGAUGUCUAUAUCGAUCAACAACCUUCCGCGAGCUCAAUUCUUGAGUCUGGAUUUUUCGGAAGCUCUGGUGGAAGCGAUAAGGAGAUUUACCGGGCCGAUCUCAUGGUGCAAGAUGCCUGUGCCAUUUCACUCACAGCUGAAAUGAUCCAAUCGUACACUGCGGAAUGGGAAGAAAAGGUCCGAACCGAGAGGGAAAGAGAACAAGAGCUUGAAACGCUCAAACAUACCGUGGCAUCACAAGCUGCACGAAUACGGUCGUUGGAGGAACGAACCGAAAAGUCGGAUCAAGAACACGUUCAAUUGGCAUCUGAGUUGGUGCGAAUGAAGGUCGAAAAUGAAGAAUUGUCGGACAAGAAUGAAAGUCUUCAGGUUCAAGUGCAGGAGUUGAAGAUUGUUGUCGACAAGCAACCUGCCGAAGUUGAGGAGAAGCUUAGGACUGAGAUGGAACGGAUCAUGAAACGGAAUAUGGAAGUGCAGAAUGAGAACCGACAUAUGGAAGAACAAAUGGCGGAGAUGGAGAAGGAUCUUGUUGAGACCAAGAUGAAGUGGGCUGAGCUUUCAGAAAACCACGAGGGACUCAGACAGAAAUGGGCCGAUCUCCGGAGAGCUUUGGAUGGAUGAUCAAGGACCAGGGUCUUUCUGAUUGUUACUUCUUUUGUAUAUUUUUUAUUCCCGAUGGCUGGUCCCUUUUCUCAGUGUGACGGGUUUACUCCUCCAACUUUCGGGGCAAACAAAUGGAGUAUUCGAUUCCAUUCGAUUCUUUUGAUCCUGUCUUAUACCAAUCUGUAUGACUAUUCAGAUCUGUAUGAUCUGACCGAAUGUGCCUUUUCCCU